GACUACUUCACAGUGCAGUGAUCCUCCGGUCAUGUGUGUUGUAGUGCAGCUGCAUGGUGCUUUACCGUUAAAACAAACCAUAUAGAUACCACAGAGUCCAUUAAAACAUGAAUAAUCCGGUUUGAAGUACGGAAAGACGCCAUUUCACGACAAAAGCCUGCUGUCAUUUGACUCCUCAAUGGGUUUCCUGAAUGCAUUGAGAGCUGUCAGAUGCUACCUCAGCCUCUUUCCAACGUCCAAAUCAUGCCUCUCCACCAAAGCCUCCCUGCUGGGGGACACAAACAUCCUGCUCAUGGGUGCUCCUGGAGCAGGGAAGACCACAGUGGGGAGGAUAGUGGCCCACAGACUGGGGCUACCUGUCAUUGACGUUGAUGAUGAUGUCUUGGAGACGACAUGGAGGAUGCCUGUGGCUGCCAAGCUGGCAGCAGUUGGUGGUGAGUGUUUCCUGGAGGAAGAAGGCCAGGCUUUGUGUAACUUCUCUGCCUCUGGGUGCGUUGUCUCCCUGACAGGCUCUAACCCUCUUCACGCUGCAGCGAUGCAGCACAUAAGAGAGUCCGGGCUGGUGAUCUACCUGGACGUGGACAGCGAGGACAUCAUACAGAGACUUGCUAGGAUGAAGGUGAACAGGAUAGUGGGCCAGGAGGCAGGGGUGUCCAUGAAAGACAUUCUGUGUUACAGGAAACAGUUUUAUGAGAAGUGGCUUGAUGUGCGGGUGCUGUGUGGAAAAGGGGACACAGUGGAGGAAGUGGCAGACAAGGUGCUGAAGGCUCUGGAGAGGUAUCAGAACCAUGCUGCAGAAACAUAUGUGUCAACCAGGAGUGACAGCGUAGCAUCGUCCAAUCAAAAAGCAUACUUCAGUGAUGUGGUAGUUGAGGGUCUGGCCACAGAUGGAGGCCUCUAUGUUCCCAAAAAUGGCUUCCCAAACCUCGAUGCUCGUGAAUGGCUGAGACUAGUUGACAUGUCGUACCCAGAACGAGCAUUAGUUUUACUUGAAAAGUGCAUACACCCGUUGGACGUCUCUGCUUUGGAUCUCAGAACGAUGAUAUUCAAAGCAUAUGGAUCUAACUUUUCUAGUGAGGCAGUAGCACCUGUGAAACCUCUUGUCCACAAUCAGUAUGUUCAGGAGCUUUUUCACGGCCCCACCGCCUCAUUUAAGGACCUCGCCUUGCAGCUGAUGCCCCAGCUCUUUGCUUACUGCCUCCCACAGAUGUGCAACUACCUCAUUCUGGUGGCCACCUCUGGGGACACAGGAAGUGCAGUGCUCAGUGGCUUCAGCAGGCUCAGUGGCGUUGACAAACACAGGACAGGGGUGCUGGUGUUCUUCCCAGAGGACGGCGUGAGUGAGAUUCAGAAGCUUCAGAUGACGAGCUUCAGGGAGGGCAACGCCAGGGCCGUGAGCAUCCUGACAGACUUUGAUUUCUGUCAGAGAACCAUAAAGAGGAUGUUUGGAGAGUCUGGGCUGACCGGACACCUCGCUGUGGAGUAUGGCACAGUCCUCAGCACCGCCAACUCCAUCAACUGGGCCCGGCUGUUGCCACAGGUGGGUUUAUAA